AUGGAGAUGGGUGCAGCUACUGUAAUAGGUAAUUUAAUCUAUAUCUGUUAGCAACGACAAACCAUUGCUAACGAAAAAACGAUUCAGAGUGGAGUUCAGUUGACAGUGAUGAUUUGUCAACAAUAUAUAUAUAUGCAUAUCAUAUUAUGAUAAAAUAAUUAAAUUGGCAUUAUAUAUUUUCUUUAAUAAUAUUUGUUUAAUAUUGUAUCGAUUUUCCCGUUUUUUUUCCAGUUUUCCCAUUUUUUCCAGGUUUUUCAAAUUUAAGGGGAAAAUCGAAAAAUUAUCUUCUUUAAGUACCUUUCCAGUCAGAUUUAAUUUCAGAAAAAGUGCUAUCAUUGUGAAUCGGAGCAAAUCUGCUGGUGGAAAAGUUCACAGGACAAAAGAAGGCCAAAAUAUUUUUUUACUAAUACCUACGUUUCGUACAAUUUCCCUUUUUCCGACAUUUUAUUCCGGUUUUUCCAGAUAAUAUAAAAACUACUUGAAAAAUCAAAAAAUGACCUCCUUAAGUUUCCACGGAGAUAAAAAUUCCUUUCAAAAAAUAAGCUACACUUAAUACAUCGGAAAAAGGUUUCUGGUAGAAAAGUUUGCACAACAGAUCGAGAGGAAUUUGCGAGAUUAAAAUAAUCCGAGGGAGCGAUAACUUGGUUCUCUAGGUACACCCAAAUUGUAUGUUUUUUCUUUGUUUAGGUAAAAGGAAAAAAAAUGCAAACAAUUUUGUUCGAAACCCAAGUAUGGCUCAGAACCCCUAGGAUAAUAAUAGGCAUGUUUAAACAUUAGACCACGACAAAUAUUCUAUGAGACAAUAUAGAGUUAUUCAACAUAACAUAUAAUAUCUGCAUUAUAUCAGAACUUCAAAAAGCUAUAAUUUCGAAACUUAGUCAGUCCGCUCAAUUCCAACUUCACCAUCGUUCUUAAAUUGUCAAUAUACAUAUGUUCAAAAAAAAAAAAAUAUUGAAAAUUUAGAUUUGUUCCACGUAAUUUUUUACUCAAAGAUUUUCGUCAAAAUUUUAUAUUAAAAUUUCUAUAUAAAAAAAAAAAUACUACAUUAAACUCAAAUUUUUUUUGACAAAGUAAGACUCAUAAUGUAUUUUCAGACUUUAUUUAAGUCUAUGAUCUUUGCUGUAAAUAUACGAUAAUAAUUCUGUGGCUUGGAGCAAGAAAGGCCAAUGUCAAUUUUAUGAAAAAAAGAAAUAAAGUUAGAAAUAAAAAAAAAAGACCGAGAUUUUCCUAAUUAUCUUACAUAUUAAUGAGAAUUUCAAAAAAUGACCUUUUCAAAGUACCGCCCAAAGGACAUUUCCUUUCCGAAAAAGUGCUAUACUUGAUAAUCGAAGUAUGCUUUCUGAUAGAAAGUUAUCACAUAAUAACAAUAAACAAAUAUCAAAAUAAACAUCAUUAUAAAACCAAUACAUUCCUCACUCCACUCAGAAUCUAAAAUAAAUAAACAUCUUUGUAAAACCAAUAAAUUCUUUGCUAAACUCAAAAUCUAAAAUAAAAAGUGAAAUUUUUUUAAACAAAAAUUUGUUAAGUUUUGGUAAAAAUUAAAAAUUACACAAACAUUUACAUUUAAAAUUCACAGAGCCUUAUGGGGAAUUAAAAUUUCAAAUCCCAUUCCCCAGCAAUCACAAAAUGUGACAUUAGUCUUUAUUUCACUAAGCCACAGAAUUAUAUUAUAUAUUAAUUUCAUUCAAAAAUGUAUUAUAUCUGAGAUAAAUUAAUUACACCCAUGUACGACUAUUAUUUACUUUAACAAUUCCUUUUUCAGAAUUCGAAGACAAAAUACUCCGGGCAUGGAUUGAACAAUUUAUUGAAAAAUACAAUAAAAAUGUUCAGUCAUCCACCGAGAUAACAAACAUACAGCGUAUUGCCAAGAAGAGUCGAGCGAGAACUUCUACCAAACCUGUACCGGAACAUAGAAACAUCGCACCUUUGCCUAUUUAUCCAUUUUUUUUCAAUCCUUAUUACCAUCAAACCAUUUACUCGAAAUACAUCCCAUUAACUUAUGGUACACCACCUCACCUGGUUCCCGUUUCACAAGUGCCGUCUUCGCAAGAUGAAUAUCACCAUCAUUUUUUAAUACCUUUGCAUGCACAAUAUCCGUACACGCACAUUCCAAGCUUUAUUAGUUCAACUCCGAUAGUCGAUUUCUCAAAGAUUAAAAACUCCAUUAACUCCAUAACGAAUAAACCUCCAAAUAAUCAAAAUACAUUUUCCAUAUAUGACAAGCCUCAAGAAAUACCUGCAGCUAUAGAUAACACGAACAACAUAUCAAACCAAAAACCGGAUGGUUUUAAUCACAUACCUCCCAAAAUAGAACAUCAUUUUGAAGAUCAUCUAAAAGAAAAACCAAAUCCAAUAAGGGACGGAAAAUUACUUGAUGGCAAUAAAGAUAAUCUAGAUCUGAUACCAACAACCGUACCAACGAUAACAACUUAUCAGUUUAAUGAAUCACAGAAAGUUCAAAAUUUACCACUAUCGACUACUGGUGAUAAACAUAUAGACUCGUCUACGUCAUCUGAUAUAAAUAGUAAUCCAGAAACAGAUCAUGUAACAUUAACGUCAAUGUCAACGACUUUAUCAGACAUUUCGAAUCCACUAAAAAUCAUUAGUAGUUCAGUUCCACAACUUCCGUUUGACGAUAAAUUAACCACAAUAGCACAAUUUUCUUCUCCAACCACAGAACAAUCAGAAACUACUACCAGUAACAAUAUUUCUGAUGAAAACUCAACCAUUGAUGACAGUACAUAUUCAAGUGAGUUACCAGAAAAUCAACAAAAUGCACGGUCUUCGAAUAACAAAGAAACAACCACAGGUAUUCCAAAAACAUUCAAUGAAACCGAAGAAAAAACAACAGUAAUAAUUAAUAAAAAACUAACUACAAACAUUGAAACUGCAUCGUUACCUUCGGAUAUAACUUCAUAUCCAACAACUACACUAUUUUCAAUGCUUCAGAUUGAAAACAAUAAUUCUCAAACACCAAAAUUUCCGUCUAUAAUCUCACCAAAUAUCACAACAACAUUACACGAUGAUUUACAUUAUAGUCCAAUUCAAAUGAGAUCAAUUUUUUCUACCACGCAAUCUACAAACGUUAACAUCGUGUCUGAUAACCAAUCAGAAUUAAUUACCCCAUCCAUCCAUUUGCCACUAAUUUCUACUACAAUUUCAGAAACAACGACAGUGCCGUUUAUAACUGCACAAUCUUCUACUAUAAUGAUACCAUCGUCAUCGCCACUUCCUGAAAAAUUUAAUUCAGACCAAACAUCAUCACAUCCAAUUAUAACGUUUGAUGAAAAUAAUAAUACUAAAUUAUCGAAUACAGAUUAUACUUCAAUGUUUUCUACGUUACGACCACUAAAUACUACUAAUUCCCGGUUAGAAGAUAAAACUGAGAACAAUUUAUCAACCGUAGUCAAUAGGUCCAUAAAAAGUACAACUCAAAAUAUAAAUAUUUCAACCUUAAACAACAAAUUGGUUACAUCACCUCCAACCACACUGAUUACCAUUUCAUCGACUAAGCGUCUAGGCCCUAGAGUAAUCAGCCCGAAGCCACACAUAGAAAAUAGUCAGAAAAAUAUACCGUCCGAUAUAAAGAUGUCGUCUAAAAUAUAUAGUGAAACAAAAUCCAGCACUGAAAAAUCAAUGAAUACGUACAAAAUCAAAAAAACUUUUAAUUAUAUACCAUCAACUACAGACAAACCUAAAGAGACAUCAUCAAAAUCAUUGAUAAUGGCAAUCAAACCAAAUAAUUCUACCCAAAAAAAAUUCACUGAUGAUUCAAAACAUAAAACAACUACCAACAGCCCAGACAGCGAUAUUACUGAACCAACAGAAACUAACAGAGAUUCAGAACUUUGGUAUAAUCACUUGAAUAUCCAAAAUCCACAUAAAGAAAAAUUAAAUAAAGACCAAGUAGGCUUUUUAAUAAAAAAGUUAAUAAAAUUACUCAAACCCGAAAUCGAUAACCAGCCAAUAACUAAAGAGAGUUUAGCUGGAGUCAUUACACCAAAACUCGGAGAUCAAGAAAAAUUAGUAUACAUUAUAGUACCGUGGGGAAGAGACACUAUUGAAAAUAUAGAAAAUCAGAAACAACAAGAAAACAAUAUGGGCACAUAGAAAACGUUCGAU